AAAACCCAAUGUUUUGAUAAUAAGAAAUUUGGUAGUUUUGCAAAAGAUUUAGUAGGCAUUUUGGUAUUCAAAGAUCUUAUCAAGUGGCAACACUGAUAUGCAUAUAUAGAAUCGCGCAGGCAAGAGUGGGUAUGUAUCUCACAGAUACCAAAUAUAAAGGUCGAAAUGCUUUUUCGCAUUCGUUUUCUCAUUGAGAUGUUUCACUUAGUUUGUUUAGGAAAGCUGAAUUGAAUUAGAGUAAUGUUCCAUAGCGCGCUGGUGCUCCCGGCUAUAAAAAAAUUAAAUAAAUAAAUGACAAAACCAAAAGUCAAGGAAACGGCGUUUACAGUACGGUGAUAAAAAUCACGUUAUAAAAAAUUAAUUGAAAUCUAAAUAGUAAACCAAAAGUAACUUCGUAACGCUUUAAAUAUGUAUGGACAUGAGUAUAUUUGCGGCGUUAUAUUAACGCAUAAAAGUUGGAAUAAGAGUUAAGCAAUCGUCAACUGACGCAUUUGCUUGAAUUCAUCGGGAUCUAACUUUCUGAUUUUUACUGAAUUCGUGUUGUGUGUGAUGCAUAAAAAAAUUAAUUAAUUUUCAAAUAAAUUGAAGCAGUUACAAACGGUGAAUUAUUAUUGGCAUAGAAAGAAAAGGAAAUUUCACAAAUUCGCAAUGAAUGUGUAGAAAGAAGACUGAAGUAACAGAGCAGUCAGUGGGAAAAAUGUGCGUAUAUAGUAAGUAAAGACAUAUAAAUAGAUAGUUACAUACAUAUGUGCAUAAAUACAAUCAUGUGCAGAAAUAUGCGUACGAAAAUAUAACAUGUGAACGCCAGCUAAGAGCUAAGGCAGUCCAUGCAUAACUACAAGCUAAUAAGUGAAAAACAACAAAAAUAAGAAAUAAAAAACAAAAUAUUAAAUGUGGUUUGUUGACUGUAGAUCUCUGACAGAUGGGCACUCGGGCGGUCAAUCUUCUGACACAUCUGCAUAGGAGAGUGAUACGGUUUUGAAAUCAUAAUAUAAAGCGGAGAUAAACAUCUCAAGCCAUUAUCUAAUUCAGCAACUAAUUGAAUAUAUUCACGAGCACAAUAACAACAAAUUGAACGCAUUCACCAGCAAUCAAAGCAGCAGCAACGGCAACUACAAUUACAACGAAAACUAAAAUACAUAAAUAGAUAUGUACAUACAUAUGCGAAUAGGUUGUAUCAGCGAAGACAGCAACGGCAAUCUGUAGGGGCAUUAUUGUCCCAACGUGAUCAGAUGACACAAAUAGCAUUCAAACUUCCAUAAAUAUGCAAUUAGAGUUUGAACGUCGAUCAAAUUAAAAUGGAUUUUCAUAUCAGUACAUAUGUACAUAUGAACCAAAUGAAAAUACCAAGGUGUGCCAAUUUAAUCUAGAGGUUUUCAACGUUUGAUGGACAGAAACAUAUUACAGCUGCAUUAACAUUUAAUGUGAAAAUCGCAAGUACGCAACGGCUAAAAGGAAAUUCAGAAAAAUCGAUUUCACAUUGUUCAACAUACGAACAACAAAAGAAACACAAAAAGGCCAAAAACUUAAGGAAAGCAGUCAUAAAGAUGGGGUUGUGCUCACGAAAAUUGCAUAGAACUAAAAUAUCGGCGAAAACAAAAUCGAAACAUGAUUACAGCAGAAAACGCAGACAUGAGUACGCUGAUUGCUAAGUAUUUUAGGAACUUAUUGUUGAAGUGUAAUUAACCGCCAUAGAAACAGCAGCAAACGCAAAGACAGUUGCUGCGCCAUCAAAAAUGAGGGUUCGUAAAAUACCCUUACCGUUGCCCAACACGGGGCUGAUGCAUCGAAAAAGGAACACCUAUUACAUACGUGUAAUUAUCGGUGUAGCUCUUAUCGUAUUCGUACUAAUGCAGUUACACGUCUUUAAUUACACGGAUUCUCGUGAAAUGUCGAUGACUGGUGAACUAACAAAUGAUUCAAUCGACGCGAUGCUCUCCAUGGUGCCCUCUGUGCUGCAUAAGUUCUUAACGCCCAAAUCUAGAAAUCAAACAGCCGCAGCUCACAUGCAGCACAAUAGUACCAGUGGUAGCAGAUAUAACGGCUCCUAUACGGAUUACUAUCAUCCGCCAAAUAUUUCGGAGAUAAAGCAACAAAUCGCGAAAUACAAUGAACUGCAAAUAGUUUUAAAUGAGGACACUUAUGGUCCACUACAAAAUGAUUCUGUGAUAAUCGUAGUACAGGUGCAUACACGUAUAACUUAUCUACGCCAUUUGAUCGUUAGUCUGGCGCAGGCUAAAGAUAUUUCCAAAACUCUAUUAAUAUUCUCCCACGACUAUUAUGAUGAUGACAUCAAUGAUUUGGUGCAAACAAUCGACUUUUGUAAAGUGAUACAGAUAUUUUAUCCCUACUCAAUACAAACACAUCCGAAUGAGUUUCCCGGCGUCGAUCCAAACGAUUGUCCGCGGGAUAUGAAAAAGGAUCAUAAUAUUAUCACCUUCUUCAUAAAUAGAGCUAUAAUACGUAAGUGCAAUAAUGCGCUAUAUCCCGAUCUAUACGGGCAUUAUCGAGAAGCGAAAUUCACACAGACCAAACAUCAUUGGUGGUGGAAGGCGAAUCGUGUGUUCGAUCAAUUAGAUGUGACCCGUUAUCAUACUGGUCUGGUUUUGUUCCUAGAGGAAGAUCAUUAUGUAGCCGAAGAUUUUCUUUAUCUGCUCGAAAUGAUGCAGUCAUCAGUUGGCAGUCUAUGUCCGCAGUGCGAUAUACUCUCAUUGGGCACAUAUUUAAAAACAUUCAAUUACUACACCUAUAACAGCAAAGUUGUUUACCGUAUGUCCCAUAUGUCAAAACCACCGACACAAAAUAAGUUCCGUGAGGUCGAGGUGAUGCCCUGGAUAAGCAGUAAGCACAACAUGGGUUUUGCUUUCAAUCGCAGCACUUGGUCAACAAUACGAAAGUGUGCGCAACAUUUCUGUUUUUAUGAUGACUACAAUUGGGACUGGUCGCUGCAUUAUGUGUCCCAGCAGUGUUUGCAGAAGAAACUGCACGCGAUGAUCGUCAAAGGUCCAAGGGUCUUCCAUAUUGGCGAAUGCGGUGUCCAUCACAAGAAAAAGAAUUGUGAAUCGAAUCAAGUGAUAGCGAAGGUGCAACAAGUCUUACGUAUAGCUCGUAAGUCCAAGCAGCUUUUCCCACGCAGCUUAUCGCUGACGGCGGCGAGUUUAGUGAAGAAAACCAAAUUGCGAAAAGGUAACGGCGGGUGGGGCGAUCGUCGGGAUCACCAAUUAUGUAUGAACAUGACGAAAUCAAUGCAUGAAAGUUGAAUUCAAACCAAAUAACCAGAAGAAACACAGAAUUAGCUAAAUUUAUACACAAACAUAUAUAUACACAAAAUAAUCGCAUAGAGUUACCAAAAAUUAAACCGUGUGGAACGGUUAGUAAGUUACAGACUUUUUAACUAAUUAGAUAACUUCUAGAAAAGUUUUUCGGAACACUGUGAGAGAAUAAAACUAAUUUGAAAGUUAGAUUUACUUGGUCGUAGCAAUAUUCGCAUAUGUAGAUAUAAUGUUAACUUUAUCACGUCACCAAAAAUACACAUUAAUUUUAUUUAAGUGGCAACUUUUAAAUUUUAAUACGAUAGUAGGUUUCAUACGUAAGAAUAACUUUUUCUUUUUAAUUUUUUAAACACCACCAAUUGAAAAUUGUAACGAAAAUUGGCAAAUGUAUCGGUUACUUAUAAUGACGGUAUUAAAGAGAGAGAACUGCUCACUUUCCUGAUUCAGUUUAUUUAAUUUUUUUUAAAUAUUUCUAGUUAUAUAAAAAUAUUUUCUUAAGUAGACAAAAAUUUUUUCUUGGAACCGUUUAAGUUUCCAGACACUAAAAAUGUUCAAAUGCAAUAUUUUAGAAGCCUUUCAUAAAAUGUUUGUUUUAAGUUUCUAAACCCUUACUAUUUGGAAAUAUAAUGUUUAAGGAAUAUGCCUCUUUUUAAAUACAAAAAAUGUUGGAGUUUUAUGAGCGAAAUUCUAAUCUUAUUAAUUUUAAACUUCAUUAUUCAUUUAUUAGUUUGUGUAUUUAUUAUUAUUUUCUAUUAUUACUUAUUAUUCUUUUUUUCGGAAGAAGAAUUGAAUAAAUAUGUAAAAAGAAUAUUUUUCAGCAAAACACGUCCUGAUGCUGCUAAAUCACAAUAAACUUUUUAACUGCUUUAUAAGUAUACAUUUUUAAAGUCUAUCUGUCACUUUACUUUUUGUUUUACUAAUAAAAAUUUAUGAAAAGUUA